AGGCUUCCUGGAAGAGGGGGUCCUGGCUAGCAGUGAGAGGGAGGCACAGGCUCUCUAGGGACCAGGGGAGGCAGGCUGCAGUGAGGCCCAGGUGUCCCUGUCAGAGCCUAUGAUACUGGCCGCCCCUUCCCCCCACCAACCCCCCCUAGGAUCCUCCCUGCGGCUCCCUGUGGCCAGCAGCUCUGCAGCACUCGGCUCUGCUCCACUCCGCUCCGCUCCGCUCCAGGAAGGCCACCUCCUCCUCCCCCUCCUUCUCCUGCUGUCACCACUCACCACACAUAGCCUCCAGGGGGUGGGGACCCCAGACCUGGACACACCCCACCGUGGCGCUGGAGCUCAGUUGGUCAGACGGACGCACGGUUGGACGCAGGACCCCGGAGCCCCGAGGUGGGCAGUGUGCCAGGGUCCCUCGCAGCCUCCUCAAGGUCUGCACAGAGGGUGGGGACCAGCCCACCCGCAGGUAUGGAGCAGUAAAUGGAGCCCUGUCCAGGCUAUGGGCAUCAAGACAGCGUUGCCUGCGGCCGAGCUGGGCCUCUACUCCCUGGUGCUGAGUGGAGCGCUGGCCUAUGCUGGCCGGGGCCUCCUCGAGGCUUCACAAGAUGGGGCCCACAGGAAGUCCUUCCGCGAGUCCGUGCGACCCGGCUGGGAGUACAUUGGCCGGAAGAUGGACGUGGCCGACUUCGAGUGGGUGAUGUGGUUCACCUCCUUCCGCAACGUCAUUGUCUUCGCCCUCUCGGGACACGUGCUGUUUGCUAAACUCUGCACGAUGGUUGCCCCCCAGCUGCGCUCCUGGGUGUAUGCCGUGUACGGGGCUCUGGCCGUCGCAGGCACGAUGGGCCCUUGGUACCUGCUGCUGCUGCUCGGCCACUGUGUGGGCCUCUAUGUGGCCUCGCUCUUGGGCCAGUCCUGGCUCUGUCUCGGCCUCGGCCUGGCCAGCCUGGCCUCCUUCAAGAUGGACCCCCUGAUCUCCUGGCAGAGCGGGUUUGUGACAGGCACUUUCGAUCUACGAGAGGUGCUGUUUCAGGGCGGCAGCGGCUUCACGGUGCUGCGCUGCACCAGCUUCGCGCUGGAGAGCUGCGCCCACCCGGACCGCCGCUACUCCCUGGCCGACCUGCUCAAGUACAACUUCUACCUGCCCUUCUUCUUCUUCGGGCCCAUCAUGACCUUUGAUCGCUUCCACACCCAGGUGAGCCAGGCGGAGCCGGUGAGGCCCGAGGGCGAGCUGUGGCGCAUCCGGGCCCAGGCGGGCCUCAGCGUGGUGGCCAUCAUGGCCGUGGACAUCUUCUUUCACUUCUUCUACAUCCUCACCAUCCCCGGUGACCUCAAGUUCGCCAACCGCCUCCCAGACAGCGCCCUGGCUGGCCUGGCCUAUUCCAACCUGGUGUACGACUGGGUGAAGGCAGCCGUCCUCUUUGGCGUCGUCAACACCGUGGCACGCCUCGACCACCUGGACCCGCCCCAGCCUCCAAAGUGCAUCACAGCACUCUACGUCUUUGGGGAAACGCACUUCGACCGUGGCAUCAACGACUGGCUUUGCAAAUAUGUGUACGACCACAUUGGUGGGGAGCACUCCCAGGUGAUCCCAGAGCUAGGGGCCUCGGUGGCCACAUUUGCCAUCACCACUCUGUGGCUCGGGCCUUGUGACAUUGUCUACCUGUGGUCAUUCCUUAACUGCUUUGGCCUCAACUUUGAGCUCUGGGUGCAGAAGCUGGCAGAGUUGGGGCCCCUAGCACGAACUGAGGCCUCUCUGUCGGAGCAGAUGUCCCGCAGGGUCCGGGCCCUCUUUGGGGCCGUGAACUUCUGGGCUAUCAUCAUGUACAACCUUGUGAGCCUGAACAGCCUCGAGUUCACAGAGCUGGUUGCCCGGCGCCUGCUACUCACAGGGUUCCCGCAGACCACGCUGGCUGUCCUGUUUGUCACCUACUGUGGUGUCCAGCUGGUGAAGGAGCGCGAGCGAACCCUGGCACUGGAGGAGGAGAAGAAGCAGGACAAAGAGAAGCCGGAGUAGGCGGGAGGGGGACGGGGACAGGCUCUGCUCAGCUGUUCCUGGGCCCCAGGCCCAAGCCGGCCCAGAUGCGGCCGACCGACAGAAUAAAAGACUUUUCUACCGCAG